AUGAAUAGAAGCAGAAGUCCUACUAGCAAAAUUCCAGUGAGGCAUCGCCGCGGGAUCGUGGACUAUGAGUCGACAGCAAUUGACGGUCCUCAUGUGCGUAAAGCAGCCAGCCAGUGCGUCCUGACUCGGCAGUUGGCAGUUCCCGCGGCACUGGCAUUGACGGAAGAGUGUUUCCACUUGAGACAAAAUCAGCAAAGAGGAGUGAGAUUCUUCGACCCCGGGGAUCUACUUCCAGGCGCCGGGGGCAAGCCAGACCUUUUAUCCUCUUCACGAAGCCCCGCAUCCCCACAAAUCACGAAAACAUUGUUCAGUGUUAGUCCAUGCUUCAGCACCCAAAAAAAAGUUGGGGAUGCUUGUUUCGAUGUUCCUCAGGGAAGUGCGGAUCGCUUAUCAAGGUUUCCAUCUUGGGGAGUUUCGAAGAAGGGAAAUGUUCGGGCCUCUAGGUUAUUGGCAAUAGAUGCGAUAUGUACGUACGCGGAUGGUUCUCAACGGAGGUUCAAGUGGAGUGGCCCCUAUUUAGAUUGGGAGCGAGGUUGCCAAGGGUUUAUGAAGAGGGGAAGUAUAUAA